AUGAGUUCCACUUCUCAGUUCCUGCAACUCCAUCACCAUCACCAUCACCAUCACCAUCACAAUCACAAUUUCCAGAUACACAAACCCAUAAAACUCCGCAUUAAACCCAACAAGAUUUUCACUAAUUCUGUCCCAGAACUGUGCUUCCACUUUUUAGGUCUGCGAAUGUUGGGACUUCCCUAUCAUCUGGGUUCCGUGCCCACGUGUGGGAAUUCAAGAUCAUUAAUCAGCAAGUGUUCCACAGAAAAUUUUCUUGAGGACAGUUCAUCUAAUUAUGCAUCCCAACCAGCGAAGGAGGUUUCCUUUGUUGAGAUUUUGAAGGGGGCAAAUUCUAUUCUGCCUCAAGUGGUUCUAGCAAGCACAAUUUUGGCUCUUAUAUAUCCGCCUUCUUUUACAUGGUUCACGAACAGGUACUACGCCCCAGCAUUGGGUUUUUUGAUGUUUGCAGUUGGAGUUAAUUCUAGUGAAAAAGAUUUUCUUGAAGCAUUCAAUAGACCAGCAGCCAUUUUUGCUGGCUAUGUAGGACAGUUUGUUGUGAAACCCCUCCUUGGGUAUAUUUUUGGCAUGAUUGCAAUGUCUAUAUUUGGUCUUCCGACUUCCUUAGCUGCAGGGAUCAUGUUGACUUCAUGUGUUAGCGGGGCCCAGCUCUCCAAUUAUGCUACAUUUUUAACAGAUCCACUAAUGGCCCCACUUAGCAUUGUCAUGACAUCACUGUCUACGGCAACUGCGGUUUUGGUCACCCCAUUCUUGUCAUUAUUGCUUAUUGGCAAAAGGUUGCCUGUUGAUGUGAAAGGAAUGGUCUCAAAUAUUGUACAGAUUGUGGUCACUCCCAUUGCAGCUGGGUUACUUUUGAAUAGGUUCUUUCCUCGAAUAUGCAAUGCCAUCCGGCCACUUCUGCCUCCACUUUCGGUGUUUGUGACCGCUCUUUGUGUUGGUGCUCCACUUGCUAUUAACAUAAAAUCAGUUAUGUCCCCUUCGGGGAUAUCUGUUUUGCUACUUGUGAUUGCAUUCCAUUUAUCAGCAUUUAUUUCUGGAUAUUCCCUUGCUGGUGUUGUCUUCCACAAUGCACCAGACGUAAAAGCUCUACAAAGGACACUAUCCUAUGAAACAGGGAUGCAGAGCAGUCUUUUGGCCCUUGCACUUGCAAAUAAAUUUUUCCAAGAUCCACUUGUUAGUGUGCCACCUGCUAUUUCUACUGUAAUCAUGUCACUGAUGGGAUUCUCUCUUGUAAUGCUGUGGGCUCGGAGGAAAUGA